CGGGAUCUUCCAAAAUUAGAGUGAAGACGGUCCCGCAGUCUCUUCAGGAGGCAAAGCUCCCGUCUCAACCGAAACUGCAGUGGAGCGGCGUGGCAUGAAUGAAUAUCUCGAAACAAUUCAACUCAACUCAUCCAUCUGCAAACAGUGCCACUUUCGUGGUGGAAGUUGACGAAUUCGCGCGAUGCGUUACACAAUCCCACCAUAGUGCUUUUUCUUCCUACUCGCCGUUUCAGACACAGCCGCGACUAGAGAAAAGAGCAAACACUGCGGCAAGCCGCGUGAAUCCAAAGGCAAUGAGGCGGUGGACCAGAUGCCAGGUCAUCGGUUUUCGCGUAAAGUGUAGGCAGGAGACGUGUCACUAUUUUCUGAGGGCCAAGAUUUCGGAUUUUCCUGCACGCAGGCGAUCGACCGGGUUGCGGCAUGAUUUCUGCAUUGAAAGUCGGUGGAGCGACGACGCAGGUACAUGUGGCCUUUCCUGCCAGGGCAGAGAGAUCAUGGCCGCCUCCUUUACCUUUGUUGUCCGUUAUCUAUUGUCAUCCGGAGUAAAGCAUUAAUAGCAGGAAGGCUAUAAUCUCACAUGCUACUGCUGUAUUAUAUUACCCCACGUCAUCCGGUGGGUUUUCAGACUUAGUGAUCCUGGCAGGCCGCGACACAACACAUCCACGAGAUGUCAGCUCGCCAUUGUGUGGGUUUCAAGCGCGCCGUACCGCAGCUACAGGGCUAUUCACC